AUGACAGGGUCGCGAGAUCUAACUGCUCAAAUUGAGAGUCUGAUAAACCGCCUAAGACGACGACAAGUUGUCGGUUCUUGGUCCGUCUCACUUGAGACAGCCUUACUUUUCCGACAAGUGGUUUCGGUUACACGAUGGAGUCAAGUCGGCACGCUGAUUAAAUUAGUGAAAGAUGUUGGAAGGAGGUUGGUUAUGGCUCAACCGAGAGAACUUGCGGUAGGAAAUAUUGUUCGUCGUGUACUACGUUUGAUACGUGAUGUAUAUAAUUCUGAAGUGUCCAGUAAUAGCGUUAAAUCUGUUCCUCAAAAAGGUGGCAGACUUUACGAAUUACAAAGUUAUGGUGGAUCGAAUUCCUUCAUGGAAAUUUUGAAUUUUUUAACUCAUUCAUUUUCACAUCUAAAGCCUUCAAUAAUCUCCGAAUUACAAGAGAUGAUUAAUGAACUUGAGAAUAUGUAUGUCAAUAUUGCAGAUCAAGCCAUGGAACACAUUCAUUCGAACGAAAUUAUAAUGACAGUAGGAAAAUCAAGAACAGUUGAAAUGUUCUUGAAAGCCGCAGCAAAGAAAAGAAAAUUCUCAGUCGUAGUUGCAGAAACGUCACCAACAUAUCUUGGACAUGAAAUGGCUUUAUCCCUGUCACAAGCAGGAAUUGAUACAACAGUGAUUUCUGAUUCAGCCAUCUUUGCUGUCAUGUCAAGAGUGAAUAAAGUUAUAAUGGGAACUCAUGCAGUGCUUGCAAAUGGUGGAUUAAUCUCUGUCAGCGGCGCUCAAAUGGUUGCCACAGCGGCGAAACAUCAUUCCACUCCAGUUGUAGUUUGUACAGGAUUAUAUAAAUUAUCUCCCCUUUAUCCAUAUGACGAAGAUUCGUUUAAUGACAUGGUUGCUCCUGAUUCAGUGAUGCGUUUCGAUGAAGGAGAUUUAAUUGAUAAAGUUACCCUCAUAAAUCCCUAUUACGAUUAUGUUUCACCUGAGCUUGUUAGUUUAUUCAUCACAAAUACUGGUGGGCAUCCUCCUUCAUAUUUGUAUAGACUUAUUGAUGAAAAUUAUGAUCCCGAAGAUACUGAUAUAUAA